CAAAUCAAAGACAUUUCAUACCAAAUCGGCAUAUCAUCUCCCCCAAUUUUCGCACUCCUAGUGUCAGUGAUGAGCUCUCCUCCUUCAAAGCGAUAUGAACAGCACAGAUUCCUUUCAAUCGCAGAACUCCUUCUUCCAUGGCUAACCCCACAAGAACUCUCCACCAUAUCCUGCACCUGCCACACCCUAUCCCGCCUCUCCAAACGCAUCACCGCCGUCCGAUCCUCCGAUGCUUCUAGAUCAUUUGAACCCCUUCCCAUCCCUUUCAUCAACACCGUGGAUUCUCACCCCUACACUUACUUCCUCUACACCCCCACAUGCCUUAUUUCCUCCCCCGAUUUUGCCCGCCAAUUUUGGGGUUCCCCUUUAAACCCUAACCCUAUUCCCCAAAUCAAUUUUGAUUCUUUUGCGGAAGUUUCUGGCACUGUUGGGUGUGAUUGUGGUGAAAUUUGUGAUGAGGAGUGCUCUUGUUUAGUGUUGAGGGGCGGUGUAGUGGUUACCGAAUGCGGAAUGAGUUGUGAUUGCGAGUUAAGUUGUGGGAAUCGGGAGACUCAGAAGGGUGUUACUGUCGAGUUGAAGAUUGUUAGGGUUGAGAAUAAGGGUUGGGGUUUGUUUGCUGCUCAAUUUAUUCCUUCAGGACUGUUUGUUUGUGAAUAUGCAGGUGAACUAUUGACAACUAAAGAGGCAAACAGACGGCAACAAGUAUAUGAUGAACUUACAAAAGGUGGUCGGUUUUCAUCUGCUCUUUUGGUGGUGCGGGAGUUUCUUCCUUCAAGGAAAGCAUGUUUCAGAAUCAACAUUGACGCCACAAGAAUCGGAAAUGUUGCACGGUUCAUAAACCAUUCUUGUGAUGGCGGCAAUCUAUCAACUGUACUGAUCAGAAGUUCAGGAGCUCUGUUGCCCCGGGUUUGCUUUUUUACUUCCAGAGAUAUACAGGCAGGUGAAGAACUUAGCUUUAGCUAUGGGGAUGUCAGGCUUAGGCCCGAAGGGUUGCAUUGUUUUUGUGGUAGCUCUUGUUGUUUCGGCAUUAUGCCCUCAGAAGACACCUGACAUGACUACAACAAUUGCUACUGUUCUAAACAUGCAUGCUUUCCACAUUCCAGAAAAAGGCAAUAUUAUGGUAAACAUUUUUCAUUCAUAGCGUAAAGCCGUAAACCAUUCUACAAUAUGCCUUGAUCCGUUACAUAAUAUCGUUUUUCUUGAGAAAACAUUUUCCAUGAAAGUAUGUAUUUGUUCAAAAAGUUACACUGACACGAUAUUGUUCCAUUUUUACUGAAAUUGUUGAAACUUUGAAAUA